UACCUUUGGACUAGCAAAUAAAAGGUAGAGUUGUCUCCCUUGUCGUUACUAGCGGUCGUUACCGACAUGUCUGACUGGACGGAUAUUCUACCGAGAUACAUGAAGAAAUAAAACGCUCCAACUAUCCUCCACCGGUCUUUUUUUUGGACGGAGAUGGUCUCGCGCGGAAUAACGGAUUUGUGAAGCUAUGGCGCUCGGGCACGGCUCCAAAAAGUCGCGCUCCUGUGAUUUGGAGGUAGCGCCAGCUCCUGUGGACCUGCCAUUGGAAUGGGUGGGGCCCGGUAACGAAGCCUCCAUGACGUCCUCUAAGAUGUUGAGACGACCCUGCAGGUGUCUCCUAGCCUUCCUUAUCAUCGUCACCAUCAUCAUCCUCUCGGGAGGAGCAACUCUGGCAUGGUACUUCCUGGAGUACAGGGUGUGGGUACUGGAGCCCAGGGUACAACAGCAGUAUACUGCUAGACUCUCUAUCCUCAACAGGAACUACUCCUCUGGUCUCUCCUCUCACACCAGCCCAGCCUUCACAGCCCAGGCAAAGGAAGUACAAGAUAUGGUGAGGAGGAUAGUGAAGGGCUCAGACCUAUCUCGCUACUUCAACUCCACCAAAGUCUUUGCUUUUGGGGAGGGAAGUGUGGUGGCACACUUCUGGCUGGUACUGUCAGUCCCCGACAGCCAUGUUGGUAAGGUAACUAUGGAGCGAGUCAGCAGCUGCCUACACAGUCUACUAGGGGCCUACAGAGGGAGCGACAGAGAGGAGACUGCUAACUAUGGAGAAUAUCUGUUGCAUCUUCCCUCUUUCUCUAUCACAGAAACAGACCCCAAAGUUGUAGAACUUUUGAAAGCUUCAUUUGACUGCUACAGGUACCAGGUGGUCAGCUCCAGCACAGCGGUGGCUAUGAGGGGACCUAACACCCAGCGCUCGUCCUGCCUUUGGCACCUCAGGGCCCCGCAAGGCUCCAGCACCCAGAGUUUCAGACUGGAGCUGAGGAUGGAGUGGCUGCUACCAGAGUGUAGAGAUAGACUGGCUGUCUAUGAUGGUUUAACACCUACUGAUACUCACCUCAUCACCUCUCUGUAUGGCUGCAGCAGACAAGAGCGUGUUGUUCAUGUGUUGUCAUCAGGAGAGUGGAUGACAGUGGUCUGGAAACAGGGUCUCUACAACUACAAAGACCCCUUCUCCCUGUCUGCACAGGCCUGGACCACUGAAAUGUGUUCCUCCAACAUAGAGCUGCAGCCAGUAUCAGGGGUACAGGGUAGUCUACGUACCCCCUUCUAUCCCAGCUACUACCCACCAGACACCAACUGUACCUGGACAUUCACUGUGCCCUCUGCAGACUAUGGACUAUCACUGGAGUUUGAAGGUUAUGAGCUGAGCAGGGCCAACUAUAACCAGGCCUGUACACAGGGACAGUGGAUGGUACAGAACCGCAGGUUCUGUGGGACGAGAGGUCUCCAGCCGUAUGCUGAGCGCCUCUACCUCCUCUCCACGGCAACCAGAGUUGUCAUGACGUCCGAGGUGUCAAUCACAGGGCCUGGACUCCAGGUCCACUACAGCCUCUUCAACCAAUCAGAUCCAUGUCCUGGUCAGUUCCUGUGUACUCUAAAUGGUCUGUGUGUUCCAGCCUGUCCUGGUCAGUUCCUGUGUACUCUAAAUGGUCUGUGUGUUCCAGCCUGUGACGGCAUUAAAGACUGCCCCAACGGACUGGACGAGAGGAACUGUGUGUGUAUAGCCCAGUACCAGUGUCCAGAGGACAGUCAGUGUGUUGACUACUUCAAGGUGUGUGACCAGCACCCAGACUGCCUUGAGGCCAUGGAUGAAGAGAACUGCACAGAGGGUGUACAGUGUACAGACAAGACGUAUGUGUGUGCUGAUGGGACAUGUCUGAAGAAGCCGAACCCAGAGUGUGACUUCAUCACCGACUGUCCUGAUGCCUCCGAUGAGAGACACUGUGACUGUGGUCUGAGGCAGUUCACCAGUCGCGUUGUGGGAGGAGUCAACGCUACUGAAGGGGAGUGGCCAUGGCAGGUCAGCCUUCAGAUCGGUGGACGUCAUGUCUGUGGGGGGGCUCUGGUCUCCAGCCAAUGGGUGGUGUCCGCUGCCCACUGUUUCUAUGAUGACCGUCUCUCUCCCAGAGCGUGGACGGUCUACCUAGGUAAGUUCCUAUUGAACCGCAGCAGUCAGAUGGAGGAUGCCAUUCGGGUGCAACAGAUCCUCCUACACCAGUACUACGAUGACGAGACACACGAUUAUGACUUGGCUUUGCUGCGACUGGAGAGACCUGCAGCCCCAGGCACCCUGGCCCAGCCCGCCUGCCUGCCGUCACCUACACACCAGCAAGAACCUGAGCUACUCUGUUGGGUCACGGGCUGGGGGGCGCUACGUGAAGGAGGCACUCCCAGUAACGUGCUGCAGAAGGUGGACGUGCGUCUGGUGAGCGAGGAGGCCUGCUUCCGUUCCUACGGUUACAUGGUCACUCCCAGGAUGUUGUGUGCCGGCUACCGCAGCGGAGAGAAGGAUGCCUGUCAGGGUGACUCGGGCGGUCCGUUGGUCUGCCAGGAGAACUCGGGUCGUUGGUUCCUAGCGGGCGUGGUCAGCUGGGGAAAGGGGUGUGGCCGGGCCGACUACUACGGCGUCUACACCCGCGUUACCAAACUCACCGGCUGGAUCAAAGAACACAUCUCUGGACCUGGCUGACCUUCAUCAUUCUCACCAUCAUCAUCAUCAUCAUCAUCCCAAAACAUUGUUAUCAUGUAGUAAUUGUUGUGAUCUAUUCUCUGUGUCAGUCCUUAGUAUAUUUAGAUGUCCGUCAGGGUUUUAACAGUGUCAUUGACCUUCUGGCACCAAAGUUCAUCAACCUAACAAGCAGACUUUCUGUCUCCUCUGGGCAAAUACACACUCUGCAGUUUUGGGCUCUACAUUCAACACUGCCACCUAGUGGAAGUUGUUAGAAUUACAACAUAAUUAAGACCUACCAUACCAAGGCAAUAGGCCCCUCAAAUUCAAAUCUGCUUUUGUUCAUUCAUCCCCUAAUCAGGGAUGGAUUUACACCUGCGACACCAGGUGUGUGCAAUUAAUUAUCAGGUAGAACAGAAAACCAGCAGUACUCUGCACCUCGUAGGGUCAGAUUUGAAUGCACCUGCAAUCGUCCUUGAUUCCUUCAUCGAAUGUUUGUCUGUUUAUAUACUGCUGUGGAUUGGAAUGGGUUAUGCACAGAUCAUUUCAGUCAGUGCACUACACUUGAAAUGCUGAUUGCUUUCAGUGUAUUUCAUUACAUGAUCUAAGGUUUCUGAUGAAAGCCAUUGAAGGCUGAAACGUCAAUCUUUAAAAUGGUGAGCGUGACUUGCGCUGUUUCCUUUUCAAUUACAUGAUGUUCAUCUUUGAAAAUUAGAGCUAGAGCUUGUAAACCUUUCAAAACACAAGGGAAUCCUAACUGCCACCCUAUUCCCUCUGGGCUCUGGUCUAAAGUAGUGCACUAUAUAGGGAAUAGGGCGCCAUUUGGAACGCCACCCGUGAGGGUCGGAGUCAUCAGGAGGUUUCAUCAAUAAACCAGCAGAACUGUAAGGGUUUUAUUGGAGUGUUAAAUUAGAACGGGAUGUUUCUGAGUACUGUUGGGUUUGGUACCCAGAGAGAGUCUAGUCUAUUACACACA